AUGAGAACGGUGGACGACAAUAAGGAAAAGAAAAACAUUCUUGUAAAGACAUGGAAUCGGUGUCAAACCUUUUCCAUUACUACUAGCGGCCGGCCGAGUGGCAAAUCUUUGCAUGAUCAUCAAGAGACAAAUAAGGAUAAGAAAUUGAUGACACCCGAAGGGUAUUUUCCGGUGUAUGUGGGACCCGAAAAACAAAGGUUUACCCUCAAGACAAAGUAUGUUAAUCAUCCUAUGUUCAAGAUGCUUCUUGAAGAUGCAGAAAACGAAUACGGAUACAAUCCUGAUGGCCCCAUAACACUGGCCUGCGAUACGGAUCUGUUCCACAAGGUGUUAGCUGAAAUGGAGGCUAAAGUGCAGCCACUCGGAUGGAGUUUCGUGUAUGGGUCAUGCAGUCCCUUUAACCCCAGCCGUCGGUUGAUGUCACAAUAUCAGAUGGGCAAAGGGUAUGGCAGCUCAUCUUAUGGACCUCUAAUUAAUUAA